CUCGGCAGCCUCAGAGAUGUCGUGAAGAAACGCCAGUCGGGAGACGAAUUAAAAAAGAUAAAAGAAGUCAAUUUAAUUACGUGUUUGGUCAUUUUUAGAGGGGGGGGAUUUCCACGUUUUAUCUCCCCGUCAAAGGCUGAGCUUCCUAAACCAAAGCGAGGAGGAAGAAAGAGAUGGUGAUAUGAGUUCUUGUACGUAAGACAUCUCAAGGGCAAGAUUGACCAAAAAAUACACUGAAUGUCCUUCAGUAGACUAUCUUCACCAUGAAGAUUAAUGAGAAAAACCUAUGUGCGUAUAGCAUCUCUCCAACACAGAUAGACAAGGAGGGGUACUUAUUGAAAAAGGGAGAGGUCAACAAGAGCUUCCAGAGAAGAUGGUUUGUACUGAAAGGGAACCUCCUGUUCUACUUUGAGAAGAAAGGAGAUCGAGAGCCCAUUGGGGUCAUCAUCCUCGAGGGCUGUACAAUAGAGUUAGCAGAAUGCGAGGAUCAGUUUACCUUCAAGCUGCUCUUCCACGGUGGGGGUGGGAGGACCUAUGUCCUGGUGGCCGAUUCUCAGGAGUCCCUCGAGGAGUGGAUGAAGGCCCUGGCGCGGGCAUCCUAUGACUACUUGAAGCUCAUGGUCAACGAACUCCAGAAGCAGCUGGAUGAACUUAAUGACACAGAAAAGGGUAAUAUAGAUGAAAGCAAUGGGCACGCUCCUAAAGCCCCGCCUCGGCAGAGACAAAACCCAUUCAACAGAGCACAGAGUUCUAGUGAAGUGACUUUGGACCCAGCACUGGCCAUGCGGAUGAGGGCCAAUACCGUGUCUGGGGGAGCAACACACUACUUAACCCCCUCCACGGCACCCCAGCGCGCAGCACCCCCACCCCCCUCUGUGGCGCACAUAACCCUCAACAAGAGGACCUUCGCCCAGCUGCACUCGGAAUACGGGAUUCCCAUCCUGCGCGACAAGGAGGAAUUCAGGAAGGGGAAAAAGGGGAAGCUGGACGGCAGAGGUUCUGAUCACCAGCAGGCUACAGACUCGGAGGGUGUGGUCGUGACAAAUCUCAUCGACGUGUGAAAGGCCAAAGAUUAGGUUCCAGAUAACCUUUUAUUAAAUGUGCUUUGUCUGGUGAUUUUUAGAUUUUGGAUAUACUUAUUAAAGGACUGCCUAAGACAACCAAGUAAGAUAUUGAAUUAGAGUAUUUCUAAAUGUCUUGUUACAUAAAGUGUCUCCAUUGUGGUUACUAUUUAUUUUGUUAUGCAUGACUUUUUAAAUUUACAUGCUGUACAGUCUAUCUUGUUCAUUUGGAUUUUUUGUUUUUACUGUUGAAGGGAUGUGUUGAGUUAAUUAGAUUGAAAUUUAUUUAUUGGUUCCUAGGACAGUGGACCUAUAAGAUUUUAGAAACUACAUCACCAAACCAAUGAUUCUUUUCCUUGUGCUAGAGAUGUUUAUUGAUAUAUAGCCAGGAUGAAGAUGAUUAUAGACUAGUGCAUAUCAUUUAUUCAUUUUUUAAUCAUAGUUUCAUUGUCGAGAGCACCAACAUGAAGAGUUUUCUUAAAGUGAAAUUCUCUGCUUGAUGUAUCGCUUAAAUUAGCUGACCAGUGAGUCACAGGCAGUGCUAUAUGAUUGUACAGAUUGUGUAUCUGCUUGAACUAUUUUUUGUGUCUUCUGUGCUUUUAUGGAGAUUACCUAAGGUUUCUGUCAGUUUCCAUUAGGUCUUCCCACUCCUUACCAAACGAUAAUAAUAAGAACAUCUUUUUAAAUUAA